CCAGCCGAGCGGGUGGGUACGUCCCGGCUGGCUGCAGAGCGGGGCUCUGCCCCGGGCGGAGGAGCCGCCGCCGGCCCCGGGCAAGGUGCGGGGACAGGCGCGCCGCGGGGCUGGCGGGCGGCCACCGCCGGCGCUCGGGCAGCUCCCCGCUCCCGCCGGCGGACACCGGAGGAGCCCGGCUUCCCUGGGACAUGCCAUUUGAGAAAGAAAAGUAACUUAACGCUGGCUGCAGGCGGGGUCAGGGUGAUGUAACAGGAAGCUCUGAUGUUUCGCUGCUGCCGCCGCUCCUCACUUACAAUCUGACACGCUCCCGGCGCUGCCCGCAGCAGCGCGUCUCCGCCGAGCCCGGCGCGGCGCGGCGGGGCCACCUCUCCCCGCGGGCUCCUCUCCCGGGGCCACCGCUCCCCGCGGGCUCGGGAACCGGAUUACAGCCGGCGGGAGGAUCGGGCUCUCGUAGGUCUCUUGGCCGGAGAGCAGGGAACGAAACAUCUCCCGUCUCCCUCACUGAACUGAUUUACCCGAAACCGUUCUCGUAAAAACUCAGUGCGUUUGAGUUCAUUCAACUACAAUAUAAAAUUCACUGUGCCGGAUAUAAAAAUGACAAAAAACCGGAUCACACUUUUGCUGUUCUUCUUAUCAGCUACUAUGUUUUUUGCCACUGCUAUACCAUCUGAAGGGCAUCAGAAUAUGACGGAGGACUUCACUCAACUGAGUGUUACACGGAAUAAAAUUAUGACAGCACAGUAUGAAUGCUACCAGAAAAUUAUGCAAGAUCCUAUUCAUAAGAAAGAAGGUCCUUACUGUAACAGGACGUGGGAUGGCUGGUUGUGCUGGAGUGAUGUUGCUGCUGGAACUGUGUCAGUACAGCGUUGUCCUGACUACUUUCAGGAUUUCAACCCAUCAGAAAAAGUUACGAAGAUCUGUGAUCCAAGUGGGAAUUGGUUUAGACACCCAGAAAGCAACAGGACAUGGACAAACUAUACACAGUGUAAUAUCUAUACGCAUGAAAAAGUGAAGACUGCUCUGAAUUUGUAUUACUUGGCCAUCAUCGGACAUGGUCUUUCAAUUGCAUCACUUCUGAUUUCUCUUGGCAUAUUCUUUUAUUUUAAGAGCUUGAGUUGCCAAAGGAUUACCCUGCAUAAAAAUCUGUUUUUCUCUUUUGUUUGCAACUCUGUUGUAACAAUAAUUUCCCUGACUGCAGUUGCCAACAAUCAGGAGUUAGUUGCAAGUAAUCCAGUUAGUUGCAAAGUGUCUCAGUUCAUCUACCUGUACCUGAUGGGUUGCAACUACUUCUGGAUGCUGUGUGAAGGCAUUUACCUGCAUACCCUCAUUGUGGUGGCUGUUUUUGCUGAGAAACAACACUUGAUGUGGUAUUACCUUCUUGGCUGGGGUUUCCCACUGAUCCCUGCCUGCAUCCAUGCCGUUGCUAGAAGUCUGUAUUAUAAUGACAAUUGUUGGAUCAGCUCUGAUACUCAUCUGCUGUACAUCAUCCAUGGCCCUAUCUGUGCUGCUCUGCUGGUGAAUCUUUUCUUCCUGCUAAAUAUCGUUCGUGUUCUCAUAACCAAGCUGAAAGACACCCACAAGGCAGAAUCCAACCUGUACAUGAAAGCAGUGAGAGCUACCCUGAUUCUUGUUCCACUGCUUGGCAUUGAAUUUGUGCUGUUUCCAUGGCGACCAGAGGGCCGCAUCGCUGAGGAGGUGUAUGAUUAUGUGAUGCACAUCCUCAUGCAUUACCAGGGUUUACUGGUGGCUACGAUUUUCUGCUUCUUUAAUGGAGAGGUCCAAGCUGUUUUGAGAAGACACUGGAAUCAGUACAAAAUCCAAUUUGAGCACAGCUUCAGCCACUCGGAUGCUAUGCGCACCGCUUCCUACACCGUAUCGUCAAUCAGCGACGUUCAAGGCUACAGCUACAACCACGACUGCACCAGUGAACAUUUAAAUGGGAAGGGCUACCAUGACAUGGAGAGCGUGGUUUUAAAAACUGAAAAGCUGUACGGUUGACUGCCAAAGGCUCGGCCUAUGGCAGAGCACUUACCCUCCCGAACGCCUGCUUCGUUUAACGACUCCACGGCCAGAAGAUUUUACCUAACUUGGGAUAUGUUAUUCUCCUGAAUGAUGCAAACUAAACCAACACGUUUUUCAUAUGUAUGUAUAUAUAUGCAUAUAUACAUAUGUUUGUGUUUCUGUGUACCUAUAGAGUAUGGACAUCUGUACAUAUAUGUCUAUAUAUGUAUGUGCAUUUAUAUAAGGAUACAAACUUUGCCUCUUCAGUUUCUACUGUGUAGACAAAGUUGGCAAUUUUUUGUACAAAGGGAAUCAAUGAAGGAUUUCUUAUUUCCUUGGAAGUUUCUAUAAGACUGUGUUGUGUUGGAGCCACUUCAUUUGCCUAUAGAAUCUUAGAGUGUAAAUACCAUACUGUAUUGUCUUAAUUCAACCUAAAACUGAACAAAGGAAAAUGGUUACAGUAGGUGCAAUAAUAACAACAGAUUGUCCCCGUUAAUUUUGUGUCCAGCAUUUGACUGUCAAAAAAGCCCAUCAGGUGGUCUGAGAUAAGACUCAAAGAUAUCGAUGGUUUGGUUUGGUUUUCCCACUAUUAUUUUAAAUCAAACAUAGAGACACCAGUGCAAGUCUGAGAGUCUGCUUACUUUUGUACUGCAAUGUAAUAUUUUACAGCAAGCUUUGACCAAUUUUAUUUAGACUAUUUUUGCAUAUCCAGGAGUGUCUCCUUCUCCUCAAGUUCAUGGAAGUUUCUUAUUGGCUUUAACACAGACAAGCUGAAUGAGGCCUUACUGCCAGAAAGAAAAGUAGUAACCUGAAGAACUGUAAAUCCUUCCAGACACUAACUCGUAAUUGAAGCGGAUGGAACGUCACUGUGUGCUUAAGGAAUUCACUCAACUGGGAAAAGAUCAUGUACAGAAUUUGUUGUAGUCAUGCUCUUGUUUUAUUUUUAAGUAUUUCCCUGACCACAUGCUUGAUAAAUUAUCUCCUUCAUUCUUGGGGCAAAGUGUUGAUAAUUUUGUGGAUUUUAUUGCCUGCAAAAAGCAAGCAGGACUGACUGCAGUGCAAAUGACACACUGCCUUUAAAGCCAGUGUAUGAGAUUCAGACUAGUCAAGCAAACUACUGUUACUAAUUGUCAUGAGCUGGAAAAUCCAAUCUAAAGUUCAUCUUAUAAAGGUUAACAACAUUAUAGAUUGAAAAUUUCGGUACUGUUUUGGAAUGCUUGAUUCUGAAUCUCAGUUACUUAGCGUAGAACAGUACCUUAUAAGUUGUUUCUUUGGUUCUACUGGUGAAUAACGUCUCGCUGAAAAUGAGGAGGUUGUAAGGAAGGUCUUGAGAAAAAUGUGUCUUUAUAGUAAUCUAUGUUUUUUAAAAUCUUUAUGCUUUACAAAAAGAGUGGUUUUCUUAAGUGAGAUGACAAAAAAAGCUCAAGAAUGAGGGUAUGAUACGAGGUAAGUUUAGAAAAGUCUUACUAAAAAUCACAAAAGCAGAAAAAGCUUUUAUUAGUUUAUUAUGCAGAUAAGUCUACUUCAGGUGGGGAAAAACCAAAACAAAAUAGAAGAAAAGUAGAUGCUGGAGUUGAUAGACUAUUACGCUGAUUAAUGUAUAGCUGAUGCAUGUGAGCCAGUCAAAAAAAAAACCAAUGACAGUUCUUUCUAAGACCACUUCCAUUUUAAAUACUUAAUUUUUUAUAUUAACAACUUGAUUUUAACAUUUAAACAUUUAUGUCAGUAGCCUGUCUGUAAGCUUCAUUAGCUCUAGUUAAUUCGCUGUCACAGUGUUUAUUGGUUUGUGACUUCAUAAGGCUUUAAAUGCUUUGUAUUUAGAAGGAAAACAUUAGGGGGAUGCGGUAAGUUCACGCCACUUGCACCUUUCUGUAGCUUUUUACAGUUCUUAUGUCUGGAGUUUGCAUUUAGAAAGUGUUUUAUUAAUGAUUUAGUUUCAUAAUACAGAACCUCAGCUAGGAUGCGCAAAUCAAGACUUCUGCUCUUCUGCAAGGCUAUCUGUUUGAUUGGUGGGAAUUGGAUUCCCUACUUUAGAAUAGUGUGAAAUCUGGCAAUCAGAUGUCAUAAUCUCUUAAAUUGCAAGAAUACAGUAACGGUAUCUGCUACAACAUGAUUAGAGGUUACCUACAACUCUGCUUGCUUACCUGUGUAGUGUUACUUAAAAUCUGUGCAAUGUUCAAAAAAUAUUAGUGGUGCAGAAAAUCCCUGCCGUGGUAUAGCAGCUUUACACUUGGAGGACCAGAUCAUCAACAGGUAUAAAUCUGUCUUGAGUUCCCUUUUCAGAAUCAAGGGGUCCCAGCUGAGAACCAAAGCCCAGGCAGAUAUCUGUCCAUUUAAAAGGGCUUUGCAGUCCUUUAUGGCAUAUUAUCAGGCAAUUAUUUCAGUGGUAGCUGGUGGGUGGUUGUAAUGUUGUGAUGAUUUAGAGCGUGAUACAAUAUUAGAUUUUGAAUUAAGCUUCCUUCUCGGGCCGUUCAAAUUUAACACCUUAAUAAAAAAUUUAUCACUUAAUGCUAAGUACUAGUUGCUAAUUGCUCCCUGUACUCUGCUAGAGAAACUUGUAAUGGUAAUUUAGGAGGGAAAAUCGUUUUUUGCGCAGAAAUUGUCCUACUUCCAGGCAGACAAUCACAGCAUGCUUCUAGGCACACAUCCGUCUUUGCUUUGGGAAAGAAACACACAUCCAGCUGGGUGUGCAAGAAAGCAUUUGUGGCCAUAGAGGGUUACAUGGCAUGGGAGAACUACAUUUCCCCCCUCCUCAUGAGGUUAACUAACCUAUUUCCUAUUUUUCAUUGGAAAAUAUAAAUCCUUUAUGUUGUCUUCCUACCUCACCUUUUUCAGUUCCUACACAACCAAGAGAAGGGUCUGCUUCUUAAAAUGUUUUCCUGUCACAACAGAUAAAAAUCAAAUCCUUUUUGCUGGUUGCUUAUGGCUCAUUUUCUGCUUUACAGAAGGUUGUAUUCCUUAUCUGCAUUCUCUGGGAUGGAAGUAAACUCAGUUUUGGUGGGGCUGUGAGAUUCCUUUGAACAUGCAAACAGUUAUCUGUUGUUAUUUGCUCUUUAUUUUUUUGUUAUUUAGUGAGGAUUUACUGUAUCAAUCUACAGGGGCUACAGCAAUACUUGUCUUCUGUGUGGUAUCUGUAAUACCAGCAUGUCAGUAUUCUAUGAGAGGGAAUGUCUAUUUUUAAUGCUACUGUCUUCAGUUAAUAAAAAGCUCCAUUGCAGGGGCCUCUCAGUUGUUUGUUUGGUUGUUUUGUUUAAUGUUAGCAUUUAUGCUAUGUAUUUUUUCAUUGUGAUGAUCUACUAGAGUAUUUGACUGUAGAAAUGCUUGAACACAUGCUCCUUUUCAUGUCAUGAAACAUUUGGGCUGGAAACCAGGAAACAGUCAAGUAUUGUCCUAUGUAAAUAAGAUUAAUAGAAGCUAUCAGCAUUGUAUUUAUUGCUUACACUAAGAAUGAAAUGGAAAAAAUGUGAACUUAUUUUUUGGUUGUGCUUUGUUUUCACUUUGUUCAUAUGAAUUAUCAUGUACUUUAAUUGCUGAAAGGAAGUGUUAUGUUUGUGAUCAAUAAAAUAUUACUACAUUUAUUCAGA